AUGGCUUCCACCAACGGAGUCUCCGUCGUCAUCUCGCCUCCAUCAAACUUCGACCUCGAUUCCUACAAACUACUCAACUUCAACGAGUCAUUUGAGCAGCUGUUCGACCGCACCUGUGACGAUAUCCUGUCUGACCAAGCAAGCCUGGAGGCAUCGAAAUCCGAAGAUACCGGCGUCGAGAACUUUUCAAUUACGUCCUCUGAUGGCGUGACGGAUGAACCAGACCCUGCUGGCUCGGCGUCCAAAAAGUCGCGCUAUGUUUAUGUGCCUUCACCCAGGAAGAUCAAGUAUACGUACGGAAAGAAGGGUGUGACGAAUCGAACGAUCACAAUGAUUGAUAUUUUGAGUGACAACGAGGACGAGGCUACCCAGAAGCGUCGGAAACCGAGUGAGAGUAAUGUCGAUAAUUUUGCAGGGGCCGAAGCCCCACUAGUGGACAUGGACAACUCUGCUUUAUCAAGUGAUUUUGCCAGGAAUUCUUCAAGCAGCGAUGUCGAUGUGGUAGAAGCAGAGGAAAUUGCCUCGUUGGAGCCAUCCAACCAGGAUGAGCUCGGGCAGGGCGAAGACGAACGCAGUGAGAGCUCUGCGAUAAUUUCUGCGGAACCCGAAGAAUUGCAGAUGGAAACUACUGGAGUGUUGGGUGGAUCUACCGACGACGCCCCGGAUCGCGAUGUCAAAGACGGGGUGGCGAUCGAGGAAGAUGCCAUCUUGGCUGGACCAGCCUCUCCUCCGUCGUGUGCGUCCAUGGCUUCAGCGGUUCCUCAGGUCCAGCCUUCUGCGACUGCGUUAUCUUGGCAGAAUAAGACCGACGCGUUGUUUGGCAAGACGACGCCUGAGAAGAAAAGCGUGUUAGCUGCUUCAUCGGAGUAUCUCAAUCAAGACGACCUGAUGCAGAGCGAGGGAGAGGACGAGAUCAAUCAGCAGGUAGACGGGCCGGACGAGAGAGCUAGCGAUGUUUCAAGUCGCAAUAUCGGUGCGGCAGACGCAGAAGAAGAUGCGAAAUCCGAAAGGAAUUUUGUUGACAUUAAAACAUUAACAGUGGACAACGUUGGAUUUUCAAAUGGACAUACCGACGGUGCUUUGAAUGGCGAUCUCAAGGACGAGGCAAUGGAGGAAGAUGCUAUCUUUGCUUCAUUGGAGCCUUCCAAGCGAGACGGGCUGAUGCAGUCCAUUGUAUCUCACCCAUUCAUGCAAGAAGGUGGUUACCCCGUGGUACGCUCCGAGCGGAGUGAAUUCAUCGACCACAUCAGCACGGAAGCCACGAGCGCUGGAAUGGACAAGAUGUCCAUCUAUCUCCUGAUCAAAUACGUACGCAAAUUGUACUUGAGUAUGAAUAGCUCGCUGUCCGAUGCCGAUAUUGAUGCUUUGGAGGGGUUUGAAUUUGGCGAUGAGCGACGGAAGAAGCGGAAGAGAAAUCCGGAUAGGCCCACGAAGAAGUCAAAGAGAAAGAAGCGACUCCUCGACAACGAUGACUUACCCGAGAACACCGGACCAGACGAGAGCAAUGAAACUCCUCGGAACUCCCAGACCGACAUGCCGGAUGCUUCCUUGGAGGACUCUACCUUGGUUCCAGACAAUCUGCUCGAAGUCGAGGUCCCCGAUCACCAUUCUUCCAGCAAAGCCAAACGAAACAAGCGCAAGAGAGCGCGCCAGAAAAAGAAGAAGGCCGAUAAACAUCGCGAAAGCCUCUCGAAAGCAGCACUUCGCGAAGGUACUCCCCCUGCAAAGGACGUGACGCUGUCGACUCCAACGAAAUCGAGAGGAACUCCCUCCAAAAGUCCCGGAAGCAGUCGCAAAAGCAGUCAUGGUGAACUCCCAGCCGACCCAGGGCUCUGGGAUGUGGAUUUUUGA